AUGGCUUAUCAAGGUCCUAGGCGUCACACUUCCUCGGAUUCGGAAUUUUAUGGCAAAAACUCGAACGAACAACGCUUGGAAAAAGGAAAGAAUAAAGAGAGCAUGAGCUCGUGGCUUCAGAGACAGGCUGGCUCUCACAAUGUGCAGCUCGCUGCCGCGGCAGUCGUAUCUGGAGUUGCUGUUGCCGCAGGCAUAUUCGGCUUUCAGGCGUUGAAAAGACAUGAAGCUGUUGAGCAACUAAAAGCAUCGAUUCCAGAGAUCGAUGAUCGCCACCAUGCAGAAGUCCUUACAGAAUUUGGGACCGCUGGCUCUGUACCAGCGCUUAGCAAGGAAGAUCUGCGCAGUGCGGCUCUCGCUCGACGGGCACAACAAGGAGACUAUGAUGAUGACCUUAUACUCGAACAGCUUGCACGAAACCGUGUUUUUUUGACUGAUGAAGGUCUGAAAAAACUUCGCUCGUCUUUUGUAAUUGUUGUUGGCUGUGGUGGUGUAGGUUCACAUGCUACGACAGCUUUGGCUCGCUCAGGCGUGGCUAAAAUACGGCUCAUUGACUUCGAUCAAGUCACAUUAUCCUCCUUGAAUAGACAUGCCCUCGCCACAUUGGCAGAUGUUGGUACACCUAAGGUCCAGUGCAUCCGACGGCGAUUGGAACAGAUUGUACCAUGGGUGCACUUUGAUUGUCGAAACGAACUCUUUGGUGCGAGUGCUGCGGACAAACUGCUGGCACCUUGGACUAGUGAAGGGCCGGACGUGCACAAACCUGACUAUGUCAUAGAUUGUAUCGACAAUAUUGAUUCGAAAGUUGAGCUGUUACAUUAUUGCCAUCAACAUUCUAUACCAGUUAUCUCAUCCAUGGGAGCCGGAUGCAAAUCCGACCCGACACGCAUCGGGGUGGCUGAUAUCUCUGCAAGCAUGGAAGAUCCGCUGUCUCGCAGCACACGCCGACGUCUGCGUCUACUAGGAGUGAACUCAGGCAUUCCAGUAGUAUUCUCCACCGAGAAGCCAGGAGCAGGAAAAGCGUCUUUGUUGCCCUUGUCUGAGGAAGAAUUUGCGAAGGGGAAGGUUGGCGAACUAGGAGUUUUACCUGACUUUCGAGUUCGCAUACUCCCCGUGCUAGGAACAAUGCCUGCUGUUUUUGGCUAUACCAUAGCUAACCAUGUUAUAUGCGACGUUACUGGCUAUCCCAUUGACUACAGCCUAGCAGCCAAAAACAACAAGCUCAUCGACAACAUUUUUGCACAGCUCCAAGUUACAAUAGAGAGAUUGGUCAGAGCAGCAGAGGGUAACAAAACUAUCGAUGGAAUCCGCAUUCCCCUUAGCAAAGAAGAGGUUGGAUUCGUGGUCGAUGAGAUUUGGCGCGGACGGAGCGUGAUAAGCGGCAUGCCAACACGCUUAGCCCUCGUACCAUGGCUUCCACCUGCCGCGGGAUUCAAGCUCAAUCCGCAAUGGGAACAAGAAGGUCAACGGUUCAUUGCGCUAGACUGGAGGAAUUUAGUGUGUAUGACGAAGGAAGAAGCUGUGCGACACGAAAGAGAAGUCCUUCAAGGCGGCAAGCCUGUGGACGAGCUGUAUGAUGAAAGAGUGCUGCAGCUGAUUGCAGCACGGUUGAAAGAGGCAGAGAUUUAUGAACGACUAUUCCCAGGUGACCCAAACAAGGUCAUGGUGAUCCGGCAGCUCACCCCCGAGAUCACUACCUUCAGCGUCCCAUUUUCGCGGUUUGGGCUCAUCAAGUUCGGCGGAAGAGCUACUCUUGUAAGGCUUGCCACGGGCAACAUGCUCGUUGUCUCUCCUGUGGCGCUUACCGCCGAUGUGCAGCAGACCAUUGCUUCGCAGCAUGGGACGAUUAAAUACAUUGCGGCACCGGACAUGGAGCAUCAUAUUCACCUCUCUGCCUGGAAGAAAGCAUUCCCUGACGCCGAGGUUAUCGCGCCCGAGGGUUUGUACGAGAAGCGACAGGGCCACCCCGACCACAAGAACACUGAAUUCAAACAUAUUCUCACCAAGGCGAACAAACGCGACAUCCAUAUAUCGGAGGAGUUCGACCAGGAGUUUGACAUUGAAUACGUCGAUGGGCAUGGCAACAAGGAGAUUGUCUUCCUGCACAAACCCAGCAAGACCAUGAUCCAAGCAGACCUGAUUUUCAAUCUUCCCUCAAACGAACAAUACUCUCAAAGUGGCGAAUCGCCUACCUCGGGUAUCUUCACCAAGCUUUUCACACCGUUGAUUUCGGCCAAUCCACCCCCUGCGACAUGGCACAAGCGCUUUGUGUGGUAUAUCACGGCCAACGACCGCAAGAGCGUCUCCGAGUCGGUGGCGCGCAUCAACACGUGGGAUUUUGACCGGGUUAUUCCUUGCCAUGGUGACGUAAUUGAGACUGGGGGUAAGGCGGUGUUCCAAAAUGUGUUUGAGUGGUUCCUACAGGGGAAAAAGAAGCGUUAG